CCGCCUGGGCAGCGGUGCGCGGCGCCGGCAGCAGCAGGGGCGCGGCGGCUUCGCCCGCGGCCACCUCCCCUUCCCCCCGCCGCGUGUCCGCCUGGGGUGUUCAUUCCCCCUCCCCACAUCUCCGCCGCCUCCCCGGGCCCCCCGCUGCCGAGGCCGGGGAGGGGGGCGGGAGACUGAAGCCGCGAGGAAGGGGGAAGUGUUCCAGAGGAGGCGGGGAGCGAGGGCGGCGGCGGGCAGAAGAAAAUUCGAUUGGAUAUUACUUCAGGUCGGAAGAAAGUCCUGCCUGCUGGAUCUGGUUUAGACGACGCCCCGACAGCUAAGUUUAGCUGCUCAUUGUGUUUCUCCCCGUCUCGCCUGAACGUGUGUACCGAGGCGCUGGUUUCAUGGAGGCAGGGAAAGAGUCUGCGAGACCGAAAGUUUUUAAUCUCAUCGGACACAGAAGUUUCUUUGUUCGGUCCGAGAAGGCACUGAGCUGAAGCUGCUCGACUGCGUAACUGCUGCUUCAGCUCCCUCCCUUCCAAAACGUUUGGUAACCCUGCGAGUACAAUUAAUAUAUUGGGAAAUGAGAAAGUCAUGAAGGAGAUCCAUGUGGAUGGUUUAAUAAACUGUUCGACGUCCUGGUGAAUCUGUGGUCCCAGCUGAGAAACUGAUUCAGGCUCCUAUGGUGUAAAUUGGCAGUGGUGGAGUGAUUUGGAAUGUUGACUUUGAAAGCUCAGGGAAGAAGCAGCAGGGAGAAGAAAGUAACACAGUGUGCCUGAAAAUGACAACAAAGCGGAAUUUGUUUUUGCGGCUGGUGCCAUGCCGCUGUCUGCGUGGAGAGGAGGAAACGGUGACUACACUUGAUUAUUCUCACUGCAGCCUGGAACAGGUGCCUAAGGAGAUUUUUACUUUUGAGAAGACCUUGGAAGAACUGUAUUUAGAUGCUAAUCAGAUUGAAGAGCUUCCAAAGCAACUUUUUAACUGUCAGUCUCUACACAAGCUGAGUUUGCCAGACAAUGAUCUAACCACAUUGCCAGCAUCCAUUGCAAAUCUCAUUAAUCUCAGGGAACUGGAUGUCAGCAAGAAUGGCAUACAGGAGUUUCCAGAAAAUAUAAAAAACUGUAAAGUCUUGACAGUUGUUGAGGCAAGCGUAAAUCCGAUUUCAAAGCUGCCAGAUGGUUUUUCUCAACUGUUAAACCUAACACAGCUGUACCUGAAUGAUGCUUUUCUUGAGUUUCUGCCAGCCAAUUUUGGAAGAUUAACCAAACUCCAGAUAUUGGAACUUAGAGAAAACCAGUUAAAAAUAUUGCCAAAAACCAUGUCCAGACUGACUCAGUUGGAGAGACUGGACUUAGGAAGUAAUGAAUUCACAGAAGUGCCUGAAGUACUUGAACAACUGAGUGGAUUAAAGGAAUUUUGGAUGGAUGGUAAUAGACUAACACUUAUUCCUGGGUUUAUAGGCACUUUGAAACAACUGACAUACUUGGAUGUUUCUAAAAACAACAUUGAAGUAGUUGAAGAAGGUAUUUCAGGUUGUGAAAGCCUUCAAGACCUACUGUUAUCCAGUAAUUCACUUCAGCAACUGCCAGAGUCUAUUGGUUCUCUGAAAAAGGUGACAACACUUAAAAUUGAUGAAAACCAGUUAAUUUAUUUGCCAGACUCCAUAGGAGGGUUAGUAUCAGUAGAAGAACUGGACUGUAGUUUCAAUGAGAUUGAAACAUUGCCUUCUUCUGUUGGGCAGCUCUCAAAUAUAAGAACAUUUGCUGCAGAUCAUAACUUCUUAACUCAGCUGCCAUCAGAGAUUGGAAACUGGAAGCAUGUAACAGUAUUGUUUCUGCAUUCUAAUAAGCUUGAAUUUCUUCCCGAAGAAAUGGGUGAUAUGCAGAAAUUAAAAGUCAUCAAUCUGAGUGACAAUAGACUGAAGAAUUUACCAUUUACCUUUACAAAACUGCAGCAACUCACUGCUAUGUGGCUAUCAGACAAUCAGUCUAAACCACUUAUCCCUCUUCAAAAAGAAGCUGACCCUGACACACAGAAAACAGUACUUACUAAUUACAUGUUCCCUCAGCAACCAAGGACUGAGGAGGUUAUGUUCAUAUCUGAUAAUGAAAGUUUCAAUCCAUCUCUGUGGGAGGAACAGAGGAAACAGCGUGCUCAAGUGGCAUUUGAGUGUGAUGAAGACAAAGAUGAGAGAGAGGCACCACCUCGGGAGGGCAAUCUGAAGAGAUACCCAACUCCAUAUCCUGAUGAACUGAAGAAUAUGGUCAAAACGGUUCAGACAAUUGUGCAUAGACUAAAGGAUGAAGAAUCUACUGAAGAUACUGCCAAGGAGUCAAAGCGAGAAGUCCAGACAGUUUCUGUAAAAGAUGUGGGGGUAAAGACCUCAGAAAUUGGUUUGAUAAAGAACAAAGCCGAUGAGAGAAAGCAAUAUUCAGCAGGAAGCUCUGUGCAUAAGCCUAGUGAACCAGAAGCUGAGCACAGCACUGCAAAUUCACAGAUGACUGCACUUGUUAAAACCUUGCAGAACACGAAAACAAUUGUCAACCAUGAAGACAUGCUUGAGCAGGAGUCAGAAGAACUCUCCUCUGAUGAAGAGAUGAAAAUGGCAGAAAUGCGACCACCGCUGAUAGAAACCUCCAUAAACCAACCAAAAGUGGUAGCCCUAAGCAAUAGCAAAAAAGAUGACUCAAAAGAUACUGAUUCCUUAUCAGAUGAAGCUACCCACAAUAGUAAUCAAAAUAACAGCAACUGUUCCUCUCCUUCUCGAAUGUCAGAUUCUGUUUCCUUAAACACUGACAGUAGCCAAGAUAUUUCUCUCUGUUCUCCUGACAAAGAAACACAUGCUGCUGUUUUAUCCAAAAUCAGGCAAGAAGAUGAAAAUUUGAAUAAUCUUUUGCAAAAUGGAGGAGAAUUAAGUAUUACAGUGGAAGAAAAACUAAAUGUGCAAGAGAAGGUUACAAAUUUGUCUGAAUAUGAAUUGAGCAUUGAAGAAAGAUUAGGCCUGAUAGGAAAAGGUGUUGAUCUAAGCACUCCUACGGAGGAGUCUCACAAAUUAGACCAAAUAAACAUGAAUAUCAAUAAACUCGUUAGUGAAGAGGCAGUGCCAGUUCCUGUAGAAAAGUUAGAAACACAGAAAAUGGUUUCAGUAAUGGGCUUUUUGAAUGACAAUUCAAAAGAAGAAAGUGAGCACUUGGAAAAUGGAAAUAAGUAUCGUAUAAAUAAAGUAAAUGGACAUGCUGAGGAAACAGUACAGUCUCCCAGUAAAGAUAAACUAGCAAAAAGCACUACAGUUGAUGGGGAUCCUGCUGAGCUGUCUGUUUCUAGAAGCACUGAAGAUUUGUCCCCACAGAGAAGCGGUCCUGUGAUGAAAUCUCACAGCAUCACAAGUAUGGACAGUGGUGGGCUGAAAAUCUAUGAUACUGUAAAUGAGAAUGGAUCUCAACAGCCAAACUCAGUGGUAAAAUCAGGAUCUGAUACUGCAGAUGGAAAAAACAUAGUCCGAAGUAAAUCUGCUACUCUUCUCUAUGAUCAGCCUUUACAGGUUUUUCCUGGGUCAUCGUCAUCAUCUGAUUUAGUAUCUUCUACAAAAACGGUGUUCAAGUUUGACUCAAAUCACAAUCCUGAAGGUGCUAACGUAGUGAGGGGAUCAGUGACAGGUGGUGCGCAGAUGCUCUGUGCUCCCCAAUAUAAUGUUCAGUACAGCAGCAGUGCAGCAGCAAAAGAUGCCUUGUGGCCCCAGAAACAAAACACCCAGGUAGAACAAGGCACUUUACCUCCUUCGCGUCUGCUUAGGUCUGACAGUACAGAAACUCCCAGUUAUGUAAAGCAUUCUGGCAACAUGAAUUUCUCCAAUCAUAACAAUGUCCGGACCAGCGCUGUGUACAACACUCACCAGCGGAUGCCUGGGAGACACGCAGAUCUGUGGGCUGUUCCACCAGGUGACAGACUGCUCCCAGGAGCAACCAGGCACACACUUCAAAGGCAGAGCAGUGUAUCUUCUACGGCUUCCAUAAAUAUUGGGGAUAGUGGACCUUCAAGACGAGCCCAAGUUCCUGAAGGGGACUACUUAACAUACAGAGAUUUGCAUUCAAUGGGAAGAGCUGCAGCGGUAAUGUCGGGACAGCAGAGGCCUCUCUCUGCCCGGACAUACAGCAUUGAUGGUCCCAACGUGACCCGGCCGCAGAGCGCGCGGCCGUCGGUGAGCGAAAUACCAGAAAGAACUAUGUCAGUCAGUGACUUCAAUUACUCGCGGACUAGCCCUUCCAAGAGAUCAAACCCAAGGGUUAACUCCGAGCACUCGUUAUUAGACCCUGCAGGAAAAACUAAAGUCCCUCAUGACUGGAGAGAGCAGGUGCUGCGACACAUUGAGGCUAAAAAGCUAGAAAAGAGCAUGCUGUCUCGGUCCUUUAAUUCCAAUUAUGCUGCAGUUAGCAGCUUUCACUAUGGCAGCUCUAGGGAUCUGCAUGGCAGCCAGGGUAGUGUUGCCUUGAGUGUUGCAGACGGAAGAGGUUCUGGUGUGCACAUUGUUCGACAUCCCCAGGCUUCUGCUCCAGGAGACCAAUGCCAGGAUGAGGUAUUCAUUUCGGGACAGCAGAAUUACUCAUCUGCCACACUUAGUCUCAAAGAUGUUCCUCCAGACAGCAUCAAAAAACCAGCUGUGCAGAUGCCUUUAACAAAUGGACAAAUGUGCCAGCCUCAGAGACUUCCAGCAAACUAUAGCCAAGUCCAUCAUCUCCCUCCUCAAUCAACAGUCGCAAGACAUCCAUCUAGAGAGCAAUUAAUUGAUUAUCUGAUGUUGAAAGUUGCCCACCAACCUCCUUAUACCCAGUCCCAGUGCUCUCCCAGACAAAGCCAUGAGUUGGCAAAGCAAGAGAUUCGAGUGAGAGUUGACAAGGAUCCAGAACUUGGAUUUAGUAUAUCAGGAGGAGUUGGAGGUAGAGGAAAUCCAUUCAGACCAGAAGAUGAUGGCAUAUUUGUAACCAGAGUGCAGCCAGACGGACCAGCAUCUAAGCUGUUACAGCCAGGGGAUAAAAUAAUUCAGGCUAAUGGAUACAGCUUCAUCAAUAUUGAUCAUGGACAAGCAGUAUCAUUGCUAAAGACUUUUCAGAACGCAGUGGAACUCAUCAUUGUGCGAGAAGUUUCUUCAUAAGUACUGUUGAUUGUGGGGAUAAACCAACAGAAUUCAUUGAAGGACUAUGGGGAAACUGAAUAUUUUGCAUAUUUUUAUACAUUAAAAGAACUCAAAAAUAAUUAUGAUCAAAAUUUGUACAGGAAAUACUGAACUUGUGGUUAAAGGGGGAAAAACCACUGUAGAGAACAUACAGGAAAUAAUUUUGGAAAUGCGUAUGGUGAAUAAACUUGUUUUUAAGCAUUAUAGCAAUCUAAGGAUCACUCCUCCAAGAACAAACCUGUGUUGUUUUUUUUGUACAGAUGGUAGGUUUAUUUUUGGAUAAUUCAUACACAUUACUAAACUUUGUGCAAGGCUUUGUGAAGCCUCAGUUGUAGCCAAUGGACAGAUGGCAGGGCUGUCUGUCCUGUAGCUGUUUAUUGCCUUUAUUUUUAUUCACCAGAUAUUAAUGUGUUACGCUGAACCACUUCUGUAGAUACGAACGGGGAUAUGAAGUGUUGGCUUUGCUAUGUGCACUUUGUAUAGAUGAAUGGGUAGAUGGAAGGUGGUGCUGGUUGGACAGAAUAAAGGUCAGGUGAAACAAUUAUCUGCUAUCUAAAUCUGGAAUCAGGAGAGAAGAAAAAGUGUUUAGUUCUGGAGUGUACGUCUACCAAUAGAAAAUGCAAUAAAAGCUUACGGUGUUUUUUUUUUUAGGAAGACUGUAACUACAAAUUUGUGAUAUUAUACAGGAUUUGUUCUUAAUGUAGUCAUGGAAUAUUAAUUCGCCACAUGUGAUUCAUGUUUAGUUGUUUUCUUUCAUACAUAAUUUUUUCAGCUGUACUGUGGAAUUGUGCCCAGAGAUUUUUCUCUGCUAUGGAAAUCCCCAAUUUUGUGGAAAUGGUGAUAAUUUUAUCUUUAUAAAAAAGACUCAAUUUUAAGCUGACAGAUUUUAAAAAUGAAACUGAAAUGGCCAGUUUUUAAGAUUGUUGCCUGUAAUAUAUAUUUAAACACACACAAGUGAUGCAGGAAAGGUUAUGAAAGACACCUUGAUUUUGUUUGGCCUUUGCAUUGCCUUGUUAAUCAAAAAGGAAACCAUACGCAUGGAGCUAGGUAACCAAAGCAAGUUUGUGAAACUUUGAGCAGUGAUGGAGAAUUGCUGUGGUGAGAUGGAGAGCAAAGGGAGGGUGUACUUAAAACCCACCAGUUUGUAAUGAGGUUUCUUAAAGGGCUGUUCCUACAGGUAACAUUAAAUGUGAACUAGACACUUCAGAGUCAUUAAAGGGUUUCUAAUUACAUUAAUGUAAUAGUGAUUUACCACAGGCUGCCUUUGUUCCUUAUUACUGUAUGAAAGGUUCAAUUAUGUUUCUAUUAAUUUUGUUUACCAGAAACGUUAUCUUUCUCCUUUGUAAUUGAAUAGAGACUGCGUACUCUGCAGUGAUAAUUCAUACACGGUUGUUAUGGACCAGGGAAAAGUGCCAUAGAAGACCGAUAACUGUUUUUAAUCAGGGCUAAUAAUUAGCCUGUCAUUGGAGCAAUAUUCAAUUAUUGCAGUUCAUUUUUAAUUAUGUACAAGUUGGUAGUUUGAGACAGGUAUAAGCGCUUUUUUCAACCCAAAAAGUAAAUGCUUUUAAGAAAGCAAGCAAAAACACCAGCUUCCUUUAGUUUUGGAACAAUGAGCUGGAAGAGAAAGGAAUUAUACAUAGCUAGCAGUAAUAAACAGGCAGUACUUUUUCAAUAAGUGAACUCCAAUAUUAUUGCACUUCUUUCAAAGAUGUUAACUAUUGCUUAUUGUACUGUGUAUAGUUCUAAUAAUUUUAAUUGAAACCCUUUAACAACUCUUUGUAUAUUUUAAUUCUUUUUAGUUGAUUUUCAGUAAUAUUUACAUAGAAAAUGUUUUUUUGGAUAUAUUAGCAGAAAUGUGCUGUAUUUUGAUAAAAUUCACUUAUUUUCUGUGUGCUGUUAAUCUUAAAGAAUGAGAAACAUAGCUAUAUAAUGGCAGGCUUCAGUGUUUAGUUGUUAUUUAGUUUCUAUUUUUUUAUUGAAAAUGCAAAAUGUUCACAUCACAUGUUCGUUACUUUUAAUCAUGUUAUUUUUAUCACACACUGCCUUUUAAUGGGGAUACAUACAGACAAGUCCUAAAUGACCUUCGUCUUCUACAAAACCUGUAUCUUUGAGAAGGGAAAAGUCCAAAAAGCAGAACUGAUUCUUUACUGAUCUUGGACUGACUUUGUAUACAUUUUGCAGUACAUUUAAAUAUAUCACUGAGAAAUUAUACUGUAUUGUAUUUUGCUUUAAUGGUAACAGAAGUUUUAAAUGUUGUUGUGUCACUUAAUUUUCAGAUUUAUGUAUCACAGAUAAAUUCUACCAAAAACUGUUCAGCUGGUAGAACUAUAUAAGUAGAGAUUUAUAGCAAGAAGUUUAGUACUUCUUGUGGAAAUACUUGGCCAAAGCUUGUCUUCCGUCAGUUAGCAAAUUAAUCGUCUAAUAAAACAUGGAUUAUGCUGAUUUUACUCACUAAAUGUUUGAGUUUUCAGUGAAUUGAAAUGUGUUUGUUUUGUCAGUGUCAGUGUGUGAAGGUAAACAUGUCAGACUAAAUAAUUUGUGGGGAGUGGGAGAAAGAUGUCUCCUGAACUAGUCCAGCCAGGAUUCAAAGGAGGAGAGACAAUAUCAGCACUUUUCAUUUUGAAUGCAUUGUAAACUACAUUUUGAAUAGAAUAAAAUCCAUCAGCAGCCUGAGUUAUUCAGCAUGGCAGUGAAUUGAUGCAAACUGUGUUAAUUCUUUCUAUUCUUAAUAGUUCAUUAAAGAAUCAGUUCAACUGAUGUAAUGAAAAGAUUAAGUCUCCCACGUAUUUAUUAUGUAAAUAUUUUUUUAGUUUCUUUUUUGGAUGAGUUUAAAAAAAAAAGUGUAUAUACUUGAAAGCAUUCUAUGAACACAAACAUAGCAAUAAGCAACACACAGAAUCAAACAUUCAUUACUAUUUUGGUUUUGAUUAGAAAUACUCCCUUGUCAACAGCUAUGUAAUGUUUCUAUUGAUCAGCAUUUAUUCAACAUUCCAAAUUUUUGUAUAUAAUAAGACUGUUUCUGAGGUAACACAUGGAGAAUAGAUAAUAAACUAAUGCUCUUUAAA